UCUUACUGUAUGGGUUUGAGCUGCAGGCAACAGAAUUCAGCUACAUCAUAUCAAUUGAACAAAACAUGGAGAAACACAUGAAUGGCCAAAUCACUGUAGGAGAGUUGAUAAAUCCAGAAAAAUGCUAUUUGAGUGCUGCUGUGGACAUGGAGGCAGCAGAGAACUUCAUACAACAAGCCAUGGACAUGAUUAUUCAAGAGGCAGUGAAAAAAGGAACAAACGUCAAAGAAAAGGUUUGUGAGUGGCGCUCCCCCGAGCAGCUAAAAGAGCUGUUGGAUCUUGAGCUGAAAGAUACAGGAGAGUCUGAGUCCAAGAUACUGCAGUGCUGCAAGGACGCCAUCAGAUACAGCGUCAAAACUAGUCAUCCUCGUUUCUUCAACCAGCUGUUUGCAGGGAUGGAGCCUCAUUCUAUGGUGGCAAGUUUCAUUACUGAGGCAAUAAAAACCAGCCUGUACACAUAUGAGGUGGCCCCAGUCUUCACUCUGAUGGAGGAUGUUGUGCUGAGAACGAUGAUGGAGCUGAUUGGAUGGGAGGACGGGGGAGAUGGACUCUUUAAUCCAGGUGGUUCAAUGUCCAACAUGUAUGCUGUAAACUUAGCACGGUAUAGUUACUGUCCAGAUUUCAAAGAGAAUGGAAUCUACUCUUCUUCACGACUGGUCAUGCUAACAUCUCAGGAGGCUCAUUACUCCAUCUCUAAAGCUGCAGCUUUGCUGGGACUUGGCACUAAAAAUGUCUAUGUUGUGCCUUCUGAUUACAGGGGAAAGAUGAUCCCAUCUGCUCUUGAAGAAAAAAUACAGCUGGCAAAACGUGAGGGUGCAGUUCCUUUCUUCGUCAAUGUCACAGCUGGAACAACAGUGUUUGGCGCCUUUGAUCCUAUUGAAGAGAUUGCCGACAUCUGCGAGAAGCACAACCUGUGGCUGCAUGUGGAUGCAUGCUGGGGUGGAGGUGCUCUCAUGUCUAAGAAGCACAAGCACUUAUUAAACGGCAUCCAAAGAGUCAAUUCUGUUGCCUGGAACCUUCACAAAAUGUUGAUGGCUACCCUGCAGUGCUCAGCUUUCCUGGUCCGAGACAAGACUUGUCUCCUCCAGCGCUGCCACUGUGCGGGGGCUACAUACCUCUUCCAGCAGGACAAGUUCUACGAUGUGAGCUACGACACUGGGGACAAGUCGGUCCAGUGCAGCAGGAAACCAGACGCUUUCAAGUUCUGGCUCAUGUGGAAAGCUGUGGGGACCAAAGAGUUGGGGCGUAGGGUGGACAGAGCCCUUGCCAUGGCCAAGUAUCUUGCACAAGAGAUCAAAAAAAGAGAAGGAUUCAGAUUGGUAAUAGAGCCUGAGUUUGCAAACGUUUGCUUCUGGUACAUUCCCCCAAGUUUGAGGAACGUUCCGGACUGCCCCGAGCUGUGGAAAAAGCUACACGCUGUGGCGCCAGUAGUUAAGGAGCGCAUGAUGAAGUCGGGUAGCAUGAUGAUUGGAUAUCAGAAGCAUGGGGACAAGGCAAACUUUUUCCGGAUGGUGGUCAUCAGCCCUCAGGUGAACAGGCAAGAUUUGGACUUUGUCCUGGAUGAGAUACACAGUCUGGGAAGGGACUUGUGAACUGGGACGUGUUUCCAUCAAGAUUCUUUAUCCAUGUGCUGUAGAUGGACUUGAAAGGUACUUUCUGGCAACUAAAGGAAUCAACAGAAAUGGUAGUUGUAACAACAGUCUGUACCACUUGGAGAAAUCCUGCAAAGACAUCUGGUGAUCUGUACAUGUACAAUAAUUGUUCUACUUGUUAUGUAUACAAAAGCAACCGAUAAGCCAAAAUGUAUGCAAAUAUUUUGUCACUCAAAAAAAAAAAUAUUAAACACACUUUUAAUUGUC